AUGAGCCGCUCAAGCUCCAUUAAAGUUAAUACCAAGAAGCGUGUGGGUGUCCUAUUGGAGAUGCUGCGGACAAGACAUGGAAGAGCUGAUCUCAUGACCAUUCUAUCCAAUACCAGAGCAUCACUAAUCCCUCUGCUGUUUGUGACGCUCAAGAGCAAUCAGCCCACUAAUAAACUUGCCCGGAAGUGGCAGCAAUCUUGUAUUCUCCUCCUCUCUGAUAAUGAUAUGAGCCGCACCAAGAUACUGCUCAACGAAUUCAUUCCACACCACCUUCUCAAUCCUCGAUUCUCGCAGUGGCCGUGGGAAAUACGGGUCGUUGAACUUGUAGGCUUCAACAGCCGUUGCAACGCCCGCUUCGUCCAUGGUAAUGGGCUGCACCUGGUUAAAAUCCAAGACCCAGAGGUCUGCAGUUCGAGUAAAGAAGUCGUUGUGAACGUUGGAUGGCGGUCCAGUAUAUAUGGGUUGCUCAAAAGUUUGAAUCUCCCGACCAAGAAAAUUUUCUGA